UGCAAGCGUGCACAGUGCACGGGCAGUGAGGCAGAAUCAUCCUUAUGGUUCCCAUGGCAUGAUAAAAUAACUUGCACACUUGACGUCCUAAUGCAUCUUCCAUGGUCUGUUUUCUCACAGAGACAGCUAGACCUCUUUCUCUGGCUUCUUCGGGUUAAUGAUGUUGAUGAUGUUCCCUCUGUCAAAACGAUACAAAGUUUGAACGCAGCACUCCAGAAGAUGUGUGGUAUCGAAACAAUUCCAUACAAGGGUGCUCUCAGGCACAAUUACCAUGAAAUGUCGAAUCUGCAAGUUCGGCCACACCUUCAUUUCUAUCCGGAGGACCAAGGUGACCGCCCAUUUGCGGAAGCUCGUCAAGCAUCUCGCUGGCUCAAUGAGGUUCCUAAUGAGCUCGUCACACCCAUGGCUAGGAUUCACAACCACGACUACUACAUAUACAAGCCAGCUAUGCUUGUCAAUGGGGUUUGCAUAGCAGAAGACUUAUGGUAUACAGACUAUCAUAACACCCAGAGCGGAAUCACUGGUCCGUGGACACUGACAGAUCCAUGGAUUGGUAACCGGUGGCAUGCAAUUGCAAAAGGCCAUCGAGUUGUCAGCUUUGCUAUGUGGAUGUAUUGUGACAAUACAUCAGGCAAUCUGUCCAAGAAGUGGAAUGCACACAAUAGUUUCUUGUUCACUGUGGCAGGACUACCCCGUGUUGAGGCGCAAAAGGAGUAUAAUGUCCACUUUCUGGCAACUUCCAAUUUAGCCCCACCACUCGAAAUGUUAGAUGGUAUCGUUGAACAAUUGCAGUUUGUUGUCUUAUCAUAUUUCUGCUCUCAACCACUGAUUUGUACAACCAGGGAUGCGCAAAACAAUGGCAUCUGGACAUGGGAUUGUUCCAUGAAUGAGCCUGUUCUCAUGAUUCCAUUCGUGCUAGCCAUGCUUGGUGAUAACCUGAUGCAGAGCAAAUUUGCAUGCCAUAUUGGGCUACAUGGGAAGCUAUUCUGUCGUGCAUGCUGGGUAUGUGGCAAGGAUGCUGCUGGUAAUGCAGAUUUGGAAAUAGCUCAGCCUGAUGUACAUGCACAAUCUCCGAGUGUGGUUAGCGAUGCAGAAAGUGAUGUUAGUGCAGCCAGCGGAGGAAGCAAUCUUGAUGGGAAUAUGGGUGAGGGCAGCGUGUCAAGUCCCGGGAAGUUGUGGCACAAAGAUGAAAGCAUUGCUACACUACAUUCCUACUUCACCAAAGCAAAAACACUCCAUAGCAAAACACAUGUUGCAAAGAUGCGUACAGAAAUGGGUGUCAAGGAUUCAUAUCAGUUGCAUUUCUUGGAUAAGCUUUUUUCAUCUCACAAGAACAAAUGCAGCGAGACGACAAAGCAAGUGGCACUUGAUCAGGCCAUUGCAUCAUUGCUGCAGGAGAUCAUGAGUCCUAUCUGGCGCCUUGAUCCGCAUCAAGAUACCCCAGUAGAGAUUCUUCACAUGGUUCUUCUGGGAUUCGUGAAGUAUCUCUGGUGUGAUGCUGUUCAAAACCAACUCAAGAGCCAAGAAGACAAGAAAGCUCUCGUAGCCACAUGGCUGACUGACCUGGACGUUUCCAGCUUGGGUCUUUCUACACUCGCUGGCCAAACACUUGUGCAGUACUCCGGUUCACUCACAGGUCGCAAUUUUUGUGCAAUCACUCAGACAGCUGGUGUCGAGUGUAUAGGUGAGCCAGGAGCAGAAUUAUUGGCAGUAAUGGUGGGAUUAGGCAGGAAUGAUUGA